AUGGGUAAGGAUGAAAUAGGGUCCACCGUGAGAACCUUCACUCCGUUUUAUUUUCUUGUGGAGCCAGUGGACACGUUAUCAGUUCGAGGGGCUUUUAUCAUACUGAACUGUUCAGCUUACUGUGAGCCUUCUCCAAAAAUUGAAUGGAAGAAAGAUGGGACUUUCCUAAAUUUGGUGUCAGAUGACCGGCGCCAGCUGCUGCCAGAUGGAUCUUUAUUAAUAAACAGUGUGGUGCAUUCCAAACACAAUAAACCUGACGAAGGAUAUUAUCAAUGUGUGGCAACUGUGGAAAGUCUUGGGACCAUUGUAAGCAGAACAGCAAAGCUUACAGUAGCAGGACUUCCAAGGUUCACUAGCCAGCCAGAAUCAACAUCUGUCUAUAGAGGAAACAGCGUAAUUCUGAACUGCGAGGUCAGUGCUGAUCUGGUACCAUUUGUGAGGUGGGAGCAGGAUCGUCAGCCACUCUUUUUGGAUGACCAUGUAUUCACAUUACCAAGUGGAGCUCUAAUCAUGAGCAAUGUUACAGAUGAGGAUGGAGGACUCUAUCGCUGCAUCAUUGAAAGUGGUGGGUCGCCCAAAUACAGUGAUGAAGCAGAGCUUAAAAUUCUUCCAGAUCCAGAGGUUCCAUUAAACCUGGUGUUCCUGAGGCAACCUUCUUCACUUACUAAAGUUACUGGGCAAAGUGCAGUUUUCCCAUGUGUCACUGCAGGAUUUCCAACUCCAGUUGUCAGGUGGAUGAAAAAUGAAGAAGAACUUACCAUAGAAGGCUCUGAAAAAUUUCUGUUACUGGCGGGAGGGAGCCUGGAGAUCAGUGAUAUCACAGAAGAUGAUGCUGGGACAUAUGCCUGCAUUGUGGAUAAUGGGAAUGAGACAAUUGAAGCUCAAGCAGAUCUUACAGUUCAAGCUCCACCUGAAUUUCUGAAGCAGCCUGAUAAUAUUUAUGCUCAUGAAUCUAUGGAUAUUGUCUUUGAAUGUGAAGUGACUGGAAAACCAACUCCAACAGUGAAAUGGAUCAAGAAUGGAGAUAUGGUGAUCCCUAGUGACUACUUCAAAAUUGUAAAGGAGCAUAACCUGCAGGUUUUGGGUCUUGUGAAAUCAGAUGAAGGAUUCUAUCAAUGCAUUGCAGAAAAUGAUGUUGGAAAUGCACAGGCUGGAGCCCAGCUGAUAAUACUUGAACAUGAUGUUGCCAUCCCAACAUUACCUCCCACUUCACUGACCAGUGCCACUACUGACCAUCUAGCACCAGCUACAACUGGACCAUUGCCUUCAGCUCCUCGGGAUGUCGUGGCCUCCCUCGUCUCUACUCGCUUCAUUAAACUGACGUGGCGGACACCAGCAUCAGAUCCUCAUGGAGACAACCUCACCUAUACAGUAUUCUACACCAAGGAAGGUAUAAACAGGGAACGUAUUGAAAAUACAAGUCGUCCUGGAGAGAUGCAAGUGACCAUCCAAAACCUGAUGCCAGAGACCGUGUAUGUUUUCAGGGUUGUGGCUCAAAACAAACAUGGCCCUGGAGAGAGCUCAGUGCCACUGAAGGUGGCGACUCAGCCUGAAGUUCAACUUCCUGGUCCAGCACCGAACAUUCGAGCAUAUGCUAAUUCACCCACUUCAAUCACUGUCACAUGGGACACACCGCUGUCGGGCAAUGGUGAAAUCCAGAACUACAAGCUCUAUUACAUGGAAAAGGGGACAGAUAAUGAACAGGAUGUUGAUGUUGGAGGUCACUCCUACGCCAUUAAUGGAUUAAAGAAAUAUACCGAGUACAGCUUCCGAGUGGUAGCCUACAAUAAACACGGUCCUGGAGUCUCUACCCAAGAUGUUGUUGUGCAAACUCUGUCAGAUGUCCCCAGUGCUGCACCCCAGAAUCUGUCGCUGGAAGUGCGGAAUUCCAAGAGCAUCAUGAUACAUUGGCAACCCCCUCCUGCAGGAACACACAACGGUCUAAUCACUGGCUACAAAAUUCGCUACCGUAAAGCAUCUCGUAAGAGUGAGGUAACCGAGAGCAUUGGUGGGACGCAACUUUUCCAGCUAAUUGAAGGUCUUGAACGAGGUACAGAAUACAGUUUCCGUGUGGCUGCCUUAACAAGCAAUGGUACAGGACCAGCUACUGAUUGGAUAUCAGCUGAAACUUUUGAGAGUGACCUAGAUGAAACUCGUGUUCCUGAAGUUCCAAGCUCCCUACAUGUUCGCCCACUUGUUACAAGUAUUGUAGUGAGCUGGACUCCUCCUGAAAACCAGAACAUUGUGGUAAGAGGAUAUGCUAUAGGGUAUGGCAUUGGCAGUCCUCAUGCACAGACUAUCAAAGUGGACUACAAACAGCGCUAUUACACCAUUGAGAAUUUGGAUCCAAGUUCCCACUAUGUCAUAACUCUGAAAGCAUUUAACAAUGUUGGUGAAGGAAUCCCACUCUAUGAAAGUGCAGUGACCAGGCCUCAUACAGUGCCAGAUCCCUCCCCCAUGAUGCCACCGGUGGGAGUUCAGGCUUCCAUUCUGAGCCAUGACACCAUAAGGAUCACUUGGGCAGACAACUCUCUGCCGAAAAAUCAGAAAAUCACAGAUGCUCGCUACUACACGGUCCGCUGGAAAACAAACAUUCCUGCAAACACGAAGUACAAGACUGCAAAUACAACCACUUUGAGCUAUUUAGUGACCAGUUUAAAACCAAACACCUUGUAUGAAUUCUCUGUGAUGGUGACUAAAGGUCGAAGAUCAAGUACUUGGAGUAUGACAGCUCAUGGGACUACCUUUGAAUUAGUUCCUACGUCUCCACCAAAAGAUGUGACUGUGGUGAGCAAAGAGGGAAAACCUAGGACAAUAAUUGUAAACUGGCAGCCACCGUCUGAAGCCAAUGGCAAAAUUACAGGAUACAUCAUUUACUACAGCACAGAUGUGAAUGCUGAGAUACAUGAUUGGGUCAUUGAGCCUGUGGUGGGAAACAGAUUGACACACCAGAUCCAAGAGUUAACCCUUGAUACGCCAUAUUAUUUCAAAAUCCAGGCCCGCAACUCAAAGGGCAUGGGGCCUAUGUCGGAGGCAGUACAGUUCAGAACACCCAAAGCUGAAUCCUCAGAUAAAAUGCCUAAUGAUCAAGCAUUAGGGUCUUCUGGAAAAGGAAGUCGGCCACUGGAUAUAGGACCUGACUACAAACCACCCAUGAGUGGCAGUAACAGUCCUCAUGGAAGCCCCACAUCCCCCCUGGAUAGCAACAUGCUUCUAGUCAUAAUAGUAUCUGUUGGAGUGAUCACCAUUGUGAUAGUCGUGAUUGUUGCUGUCUUCUGCACUCGUCGCACCACCUCUCACCAGAAAAAGAAACGGGCUGCCUGCAAAUCAGUGAAUGGGUCCCAUAAAUACAAAGGAAAUUCCAAGGAUGUCAAACCCCCUGACCUUUGGAUCCAUCAUGAGAGACUGGAGCUGAAACCCAUUGAUAAAUCUCCAGACCCUAACCCCAUCAUGACAGACACCCCAAUCCCUCGCAACUCCCAGGACAUCACACCAGUUGACAAUUCCAUGGAUAGCAAUAUCCAUCAAAGGCGCAACUCAUACAGGGGCCAUGAGUCAGAGGACAGCAUGUCCACAUUGGCAGGAAGAAGAGGGAUGAGGCCAAAAAUGAUGAUGCCAUUUGAUUCUCAGCCCCCGCAGCCUGUGAUUAGCGCUCAUCCCAUCCAUUCACUCGAUAACCCUCACCAUCAUUUCCACUCCGGCAGCCUCGCUUCUCCAACUGGCAGCUAUCUCCAUCAUCAGGUCAACCCUUGGCCGAUUGGCACAGCCAUGUCCCAUUCAGACAGGGCCAAUUCCACAGAAUCUGUUCGAAAUACACCAAGCACAGACACCAUGCCGGCUUCCUCAUCUCAGACAUGUUGUGCUGACCAUCAAGAGCCAGAAAGUGCCACAGCAUCUUAUCUGGCCAACACACAGGAGGAGGAUUCAGGUCAAAGUCUCCCUACUGCCCACGUCCGUCCCUCUCACCCUCUGAAGAGCUUUGCAGUGCCAGCAGUUCCACCCACAGGUUCCACAUAUGACCCAGCGUUGCCAAGCACACCGUUAUUGACACAGCAAGCUUCUAACCAUCCAGUUCACUCGGUGAAGACUGCGUCGAUCGGGACUUUAGGGAGAACUCGACCGCCUAUGCCAGUGGUAGUGCCCAGUGCCCCCGAUGUGCAGGAGACCACCAGGAUGCUUGAGGACUCAGAAAGUAACUAUGAACCGGAUGAGCUGACCAAAGAGAUGGCCCACCUGGAAGGACUAAUGAAGGACCUUAAUGCCAUCACUACAGCAUGAACACCUUCACCAGGACAUGACUCCAAAUCCAGUUUCACAAGUCUUGGAACUCAGCCUUGGAACGCAAGGAAUUGUACAGAGAAAGAGGGGGACAGCACACGAGAGCAGAUGUAGAAAGCAAACAAACCAACUGGUGCAUUAAUGCUAAUGCUGGUUAAAAAGAUGACUUUUCUCCUCCUCGUCCUGAAACAAAGUCAUUGCCAAGUUGAAGUCUUGUUUACCUGCUGAGACCAUGCAGGAUGGGACACUUCAGGUGAAAUCUAGUGUCCAAGCAAGAGGGGAGGAAAAAAUCAAAUAGACUUUACAUUCUUUUUCUGGUCAGGUUUUGUCUCAGUGGUGUGAUUGCCCUGCCUUUUCAGUGUUGGACAUUCGCAUUUAUGUACAAGUUUAUUUGUGUGUUUUUAUUUUAUUUUAUCUUUUUUUAUAAAAAGGAAAAAAAUUGUGUAAUCUGAAGAAAAGAAAAAAAGAAAAGCGUUGUUUUCCACAGCCUAGACUGAUGUUUGACUGCUUGUUCUAUUGUGUAUGGAAAUUCAUUGCCAGUGUGGAGUAUUCUGUUUUGGGUUUUUUUAUUCUGCAUAUAAUUACAUCCUCUUCCAGCAGUUAAUCCAUGGCCAUUUGGGAUGCUGCAUUGCUAUUUGUAAGCUCUUUUAUUAUUUUUAUAUUAUAAUUAUUAAAAGCCUGACUUUCUCCUCUCAUCACUGUGAGAUUAUAAAUCUGUUUGAAUUGAAAUGUACCAUUGAAAGACUUGUUUGUCACUUUU